UUCACCGCCUAAAAGACGGAUCAGAUCAAUCUACUACAGCUUUCCCUAAAUACCGGGCUCAGCUUGUUGAUAUUGCUGUUGUUGGUCUUCCUGACCCGAGCCACCACCAUUCGGCAUCCGAUCGUUGCAACGGUGUGGCUGUUGACACGAGCCCAACCAACGCCUCUGGCGAUCCUUGCUCACGCAUUCACCAGUCCCAUGGUAUCGACUCGUCGAGCGAUUCGUACCAGAACGCAAUCGCAACCAACCAAAAUCACUGCCGCUUCGACGGUCCCGGAGGAGGAUUCUUCGGGGGAUGCACUGUGUUCCACUCCACACAAGCGACGCAAAACUCAAACCGUCCGAUCCACGCCACCGUCACAUCCCCUACGGAAACCCGUGAGGCAGACUACGGUUCGCCACAAUACAACAGCGACGCCAACUCUACUGGAUGGCAAGCUAGUGCUGUUUUCCUUGCAGGAUCCGGAUCCCUUGAUCCGGGCCACACUUCGGGCCCGACCAUCCACGCGCAAUAAGAGUCCGUACGUAGCCGACGUGCGCCUCGAUGGUGAAGACGGCCGAGAGGCACUGCUCCACGUACCAAAUUUGGACAUGGGAGGCAAAUGUGUCGUGGGGAAAACACUACUGAUCAAACCGGCACGGACCAAUAAGGGUGAGUUGGUUGGAGCCGAGGCGGUCAGUCCCAAAUACCAGACACCCAAAUGCGAAUUUCACGCCCAACUUUUGUACGUGGACGAACAAGAGUACACACAACGGCAUCCGGACCCACCCACCAACGGAGACAUUCCGGCAGAUGACGAUGUGCCGGAAAAGAUACACUAUCCCCCCACGUGGGUGGGUGCGCAUCCCGCCUUGGGCGAACGGAUUGCCCGGUGUUGGUUGGAGCACAAUCUCGUCGAAGGCAUUCCGGCCGUCACGGCUCUGCGCACACAGGUACGCAACCCCUGCGGCACCGACAUGCGGGUGGAUUUUCUCGUCACCCACGCGGAUCACACGCAGCGCAUCAUCGAAGUCAAGACGGUCGUCGACACGGACUACGCUGUCGACGCAACCCCGCCCGCCGUCCCGGCGUCGGGCAAGCGACCGAAGAAAUCGUGCGUCUUUGUAUCGCACGUACGCCCCUACACGCGGACGGCUAUUUUUCCGUGGGGCAAUUCCAACCAAAAAGGUCCGGACGGGGAAGCGGUUGUGUCGACGCGAGCGAUACAUCACGUCCGGGAAUUGACCCGCAUCGCCCGGGAGCGAUUGUGUUGGUGGUCGCCGUCGGAGGAGGAAGAGGAAGAAGACAAAGUGAAAACAACGUCCACGCCCUUGCUGACUACGAUUCUAUUCGUGGUGAUCCGGGGUGACGCUACUGCCUUUGCACCCAACAUCCAGGCCUGUCCCUCCUUUGCCCGGUACCUGCGCGAGGCACACGACGCCGGAGUCCAGGUGUUGGCCAAACGAGUGCGGUGGGGGGUUGACGAACACGAAGGAGUCUGUGUAGACGACGACAUGCUUCCUAUUGUAUGGCCGACACCGGAAAGUAGGAGAGAGCAGUCUCCCUAG